AUGGUUGACUUGUAUAAGAGGCCAUAUACACUGGCUCACCACCAACCUAAAAGGUUAACAGAUGCCAAAUAUGAUGGGACUCCAGACGAAAACUUUAAACCUGAUGGAGUUCCGGUGUUUUUCAUUCCAGGAAAUGCUGGAUCAUAUCGCCAGGUCCGUUCUAUUGCAUCGUUAGCAGCAGAGAUAACUGCUUCAUCUAGAAAAACCAUUCCAAGACUUGACUUUUACACAGUUGAUUUCCAGGAAGAUUUUACAGCAUUUCAUGGAAGAACAUUACUUGAUCAAGCUGAAUACGUCAACGAUGCAAUUCAGUAUAUUUUGAAGCUAUAUGAUAAGAGCGAUCCGGAUAUUCCACAUCCUAAAUCUGUUAUUAUUAUUGGCCACUCAAUGGGUGGAUUCAUUGCACGUUCGUUAGUUGUUUUGAAUAACUAUUUACCGGAAUCAAUUAAUACGAUAGUUACUUUAGCUACCCCUCAUACAAUGCCACCACUUACUUUUGACUCAGAGAUGUCUAGAAUUUAUAAUCAGGUAAAUCAGUAUUGGGCAAAAUCAUUUUCAGAAGAAAGUGUAAAUCGAAAUCCUUUAUCAUCCGUUGCAUUAGUGUCAAUAGGUGGUGGUAAGUUGGACAAUAUGAUUCAGUCUGAUUACACAUUAGUUUCUCCGUUGAUAUCCCCCAGUAACGCCUUUUCAACUUUAUCAACAACUAUUCCCGGUGUUUGGACUUCCAUUGACCAUUUGGCAAUUGUAUGGUGUCACCAGUGCAGAUACGCGUUGGUAAGAUCUCUUUUGGAUAUUGUGGAUCCAUCGCUGUCUUCUAAAACAAAGCCAUUAUCUCAAAGAAUGGAAAUUUUUGCAAAGUAUUUGCUUAGUGGCUUCGAACCUUAUCAGUAUAACAAACAAAUGGCCAUCAAAACCCCAAAAAGAUUUGUCAUAAAAGUAAAUGAGGAUUCACAAUCUUUAUUUCAAACUUCCAAGAUCAGCAAUCAUAUUCCUCUAAAACGUCUUAAUCUUUUACCACUUGAUAAAGAAAAUAACGAUAAAAACCAAAUGGCACAUAUUAUCGAUGAUCCAGAAUCUGGCAUUUCUUAUUUACUAUGCUCAAAGUUAAAGAAUACUCCGGAUGAAGAUACAAUCAGUUUAGAUCUUACUGAAUCUAUUGAAGGCCCAAGAACUUACUUUUACAGUUGCACUGAAAUACAUUCAGAAGAUGCCAAAAGCAUACCAUACUCGACCAAACAAAACACGGAAUCUUUUGAAAGUGGCUAUUUCCCCAAUGUUGGGCUAAAAUCGGCUCGCUACCACUUAUUUAAUGUAUCUCAAGAAUUAACAGAUUUCGACUUUAUUGCAGCGUUAACUGAUUUACAAAAACAAGGAAAAGGGUCAUUAAUAAACAUCAAUGGGGGCUUUAACCCAACUACUGUUGAGGUUAAAUCUACAACAUUGAGUCUUUUGUUAAAAGGAUUUAAAAUCAAGCUAAAACCACUGGAGUAUAUUGAUAUAUCAUUGAAAAGUGCAACAUCAGGUUUAAUUUCUUAUAAAGCUAAAAUUAAUUCUAAGAGUAUUUGUGAGCAACCCUCAAGUUCUUCCGGGUUUACCUUCUUGAUUAGACAGUAUGUUUUAGAUCCUUUUGAAUCGAAAUGGCAUGUUAAUGCUGGUGAGUCGAGACCUGUUUACAUUUCUUUUCAUGGUGUGAAAUCACCCUUUGUUCCAUACAAUAAACAUCAAAGCGAUAAUCUCCAUCUUCAAGUUUUUUCUCCCUUUUUUACUGAAAAUACAGACAAAUGUGGACCUGUUACGAUAAAAAUAUCUGUUGAUGUGUGGGGAUCUCUUUCGAAUUAUGUUAUUAGAUAUCGCACUUUAAUAGUUCCAUUUGGAUUUUCAAUUACUGCUUCUAUUUUGUGGUUGCAGUUCUGGCUAUAUCUCAAAACAGGAGAAUUUAUCUCAUUUUCAUCAGGACUUGACUGGAUUGUCAGUAACCUUUUGCUUCGAAUUAUUCCAGGAAUUAUAUUAUCGUAUGUUUUUUUAUCGUUUGAAGCAACUAGAAACAUUUUAUACUACCUUCUGCAAUUUCCUUAUCUUUUCAUCACACGUUCCACGCCAUUAUCAUAUUUACCUCAGUUCACGCAAAAUGAAACAUUGAUUGGGGAGUCACAAUUAUCACUUUUACUUGUUGCACCACUUGGAUUCAUUGUUUCUUUAGGAUUUGUCAUUUUGGUAUACUAUGUUAUAUUUUUCCCCAUCUCAAAAGUUGGAAAAUAUCUAGCAAAUAUUGAUAAAACAGAUAAUGAAACUAAAAACAGCUUGCAGAAAGUUAAUUUAUACCCUAUAAUAGUUGCAUUAGUUGUUGUAUUUGGAUUGUCGUUUUUUAUAUUUCCUUAUACUUUAGCUUUAUUUGUCGGCCUAUUAUACAUCUUAUUUUAUUAUGGGAAAGCAUCAUAUUAUUUCUACAAAACCGAAGGGUCUGCUCUAGAAAAUAGUUUGAGAAAAGAGAAAGAUGAUAUAAAAGCAAUUUCUGUGGCAUUUAUUUCAUAUAACAUGAUAGAAUCGUUCUCUAUGUUGCUUUUCCUUUCUGUCAUUCCCGUUGGUGUUCCUAUUUUUAUUGCAUGGAUUCAUCAAGUGAUUGAAAACUCCUUGUUUUCUAAGUUUUCUUCACAUCAUAACAUUCUCUAUCUUAUUCCAAUGCUUUUAUCAAUAAAAACAGUUGUUAAAUUGACCGAUAUGAUAGCCCAAUGUUCUCCUCGUGGAAAAAAGGCAUCGGCACCAAGUCAAAAUCAAAAUCAAAAUCAAAGUGCUACCCCACUACCUCCUGCAUCUUCGCCAUUAAUUUACCCUGCUAUUAUCAUUUUAAAAUAUUCGGCAGCCUUUACCUUUAUAUUUGGAUUUUUACAUGUUUAUUCAAUUCAAAACUUUUCAUUUUUAUUUUCGAUAUACCUAUUUAUUUUGGUUCAUUGGAAUAGAAAUAUAUAA